AUGAGAGAAAAUUUCCUUAAUGGUUCGAUUCCAAAAGGGUUUUUCAGUUUGCCUCAUCUCUCACAGGUUGAACUUCAGAACAAUCUUCUCUCCGGCGAAUUCCCGGUGAUUGAUUCCGUGUCAGCGAAUCUCGGUCAGAAGCUUUUACUCGAUGGACCUUGUAAAGAAGGGAUCGCAAACGCCACCCAUCAACCACAUUCAAAAUCACCAAUCUCUGCCUCUGUAAAACUUCUUCUCGUUCUUAGCAUACUCCUCUGUUCCAUCGCCUUCACCAUUGUAGCAAUCAUCAAAGCUCGAUCUAUCAAGAAAGCUUGCAAAGCUCGAUCAUGGAAGCUUACUACUUUCCAACGCCUAGAUUUCACUUACGAUGAUGUUCUCGAUUCUUUAAAGGAAGAUAACAUCAUCAGAAAGGAAGAGCCGGGAUUGUUUACAAAGGCGCCAUGCCCAACAAUAAACUUGUUGCAGUGA